CAUGGGAAUCACAUUCCCAUAUGACGCCCACGAAAGAAAGGAGUUCAUUUUUUGAGAUUCCUUGCCCUGCGAGUCUGCAUAACUCUUGCAAUUUCACUGAUUCGUAUUGCAAAAGAAAGAAAAAAUAGAGUUUAAUGAUCACCUUCCAUCAUGCUUUCCAUAUAUAAACAAGCUCACUUCCUGAUUGCUUUUUAUAUAAUUUAAUAUGAUUGAUUAUUGCGGGAGAGAUUUUAGGACAAUCUUAUAUAUGUGGUAUUGUUUUUUGGGAUCUUUUUGACACCAAAGAUAUUUAUGGUAUUAAUGUACUUAGAAUAUUUCUCAUAAUAGUAACGACUUAAGAAUCAAGGUCAAGGCAUGGCCAUUUUUAAUUACCCUUUCGGCAGUCGACCUUCAGAAAUAUUUUCUGGGUCCUAAAUAGGGUAGAAAGAAACUCCAUCAAAAGGUUUUGGUGAUGGAUUACUCCUCUGCAGAAGUGGUUAGAUUAAUGGAAAACAGAUGUUAAUUCUUUUGUUAUUGGUUGUUGUUACGUUUCUUUUAUUUUUUAUUUUUUAUUUUUUUGGCCUUUGAGAUGAUUUGUUAGAUAUUCUUGGAAUGUUGUCUUUGCAGACGUGUGUUCUUAAAGUGAAUUCACAGUGUGAGACGUGUAAGAGGAAGGUGAUGGAAGUCUUGCAGAGUCUGCGUGGAGCUUACAACAUAACGAUAGAUGCUGAUCAAGGGACAGUGAAAGUUACUGGGAGAGUAAAUCCAAAUGUACUUCUGAGGGUGUUGGAAAGAUAUGGUAAACAUGCAGAGGUAAAAUGGAUUAGAUUUGAAGGUGAGGUCAGGGAAAGAGGUUAUAAUUAUUAUGGAGAAAAUGGAUUUGUUCCCUCUCCAUAUCAUGGGAUGCCAUGCAAUUAUCCAGUGUUGGGAGGUGGGUAUGAUUACCCACCAUAUGGAGGAGGGCUUGAUCACUAUCCAUUGUAUGACACCUGCAGCCACAUCCCUCCACCACCGCUGCCAAUGUAUCGGCCACCGACACUUUAUCACCCAGUAGCGCCGCCCUUUUUUCCUGUUCCAUUAGGACCCCAACCAAUGCCCAGAGUGGAUAGCAAUUAUGAAAGUUGCAUGCAGAUGUGAGGUACUGAUUUUUGGAUCACGUUGGUUUUUAAGGAUUUAGAUGUUUACGUUCUGACUUCGUAUCAAAGGCUUUAAGGUUUACAAUUUCGAAGGGUCAACAUGUAAGGGGGGUUUCAAGGAUUUAAUUAAAUGUUGCAGGGUCUGUAUGCAUUGUCUAUCUUUUUUUUUUUUUUUUCCCCUGAAAUCCAAAUUAAAACCUACACUAAAAACAAGGUCACCCUCAUGCACGAUCAGACCAUUCAUUCACAGUCCCACAUUAUAACUAAUUGUAGAGAUUGCAAUAUUAUUUCAAACAGAUGGUUAGUGUACCAGAUUUCGAUGUUAUCAAAAGAAUGAAGGCAGUUUCAUGCAUGAAUACAUUAGUUGCUUUCAAUGGAAGAUAAGAUCUAGAGUACUUGGUCAUUCCUACAACGUUGUGUCUCUCUCUCUCUCCCAUUAAGUCCCACCUAAUUUGGAGGGGCCAGAAUCUCUCUCCAACUCAAAUUCACUCCUGUGCUGUUUAGCCUUUAAUGAGUGGGAAUCGAAUAUGUUCUUUUAAAAUGAGAUCAACCUCAAAAUUUGAAAAAGAAUAGGACCCUUCUGGAGAGAACCUGCUUUCUCAUGUAAAUCCAUCUUGGAGCUGUGAAAAUGAAGGCUCUGGAGUUUCCAACCACAUACUCGAUUAAAAGUGUACAGGAUUCAAGGUAUAUUGGGCCACGUGUACAACCUAUGCAAGCAAAUGCCACCUUCAAUCCCUUUCAGCUAUUGAAAACAAUUCAUGUCCUUUUGUUGUAACAAUAUUUUCUUCUUAAGCUUUUUAACUCAGUAUAUUUCUGCUUUGAUUACAAGGCUAAGGCCUGAUAUUGCAUUGUCCCUGCUGAAGCUGUG